GCUCAUUCUGCUGGCUGCGCGGUGGCGGCGGCUGUGUGUGCGCCGCGCCUCGCCGCUCCCCCCGGCCCCCCGAGCCCGGGGCGCGCGCUCCCGCCCGGGCCGCCCGGGCCCCGCGGCGCCGCGGCCCGAGGCGCCGGGAAGCGCAGCCAUGGCCCUGCGGAGGCUGGGGGCCGCGCUGCUGCUGCUGCCGCUGCUCGCCGCCGUGGAAGAAACGCUGAUGGACUCCACGACGGCGACGGCUGAACUGGGCUGGAUGGUGCAUCCCCCAUCAGGGUGGGAAGAGGUGAGCGGCUACGACGAGAACAUGAACACCAUCCGCACCUACCAGGUGUGCAACGUCUUCGAGUCGAGCCAGAACAACUGGCUGCGGACCAAGUUCAUCCGGCGGCGUGGCGCCCACCGCAUCCACGUGGAGAUGAAGUUCUCCGUGCGCGACUGCAGCAGCAUCCCCAGCGUGCCCGGCUCCUGCAAGGAGACCUUCAACCUCUACUACUAUGAGGCCGACUUCGACUCGGCCACCAAGACCUUCCCCAACUGGAUGGAGAACCCGUGGGUGAAGGUGGAUACCAUCGCGGCUGACGAGAGCUUCUCCCAGGUGGACCUGGGUGGCCGGGUCAUGAAGAUCAACACCGAGGUGCGGAGCUUUGGGCCCGUGUCCCGCAAUGGCUUCUACCUGGCCUUCCAGGACUAUGGCGGCUGCAUGUCCCUCAUCGCUGUGCGCGUCUUCUACCGCAAGUGUCCCCGCGUCAUCCAGAACGGAGCCAUCUUCCAGGAGACACUGUCAGGGGCUGAGAGCACGUCCCUGGUGGCUGCCCGGGGCAGCUGCAUCGCCAACGCUGAAGAGGUGGACGUGCCCAUCAAGCUGUACUGCAACGGCGACGGGGAGUGGCUGGUGCCCAUCGGACGCUGCAUGUGCAAAGCCGGUUUCGAGGCCGUGGAGAACGGCACCGUCUGCCGAGGGUGUCCGUCUGGAACCUUCAAGGCCAACCAAGGGGACGAGGCCUGCACGCACUGCCCCAUCAACAGCCGAACCACCUCCGAAGGGGCCACCAACUGCGUCUGCCGCAAUGGCUACUACCGAGCGGACCUGGACCCCCUGGACAUGCCCUGCACAACCAUCCCCUCCGCCCCGCAGGCCGUGAUCUCCAGCGUCAACGAGACGUCCCUCAUGCUGGAGUGGACGCCCCCGCGGGACGCCGGGGGCCGCGAGGACCUGGUCUACAACAUCAUCUGCAAGAGCUGCGGCUCGGGCCGGGGCGCCUGCACGCGCUGCGGGGACAACGUGCAGUACGCCCCGCGCCAGCUGGGCCUGACCGAACCGCGCGUCUACAUCAGCGACCUGCUGGCCCACACUCAGUACACCUUCGAGAUCCAGGCCGUGAACGGCGUCACCGAACAGAGCCCCUUCUCUCCCCAGUUCGCCUCCGUGAACAUCACCACCAACCAAGCAGCGCCCUCAGCGGUGUCCAUCAUGCACCAGGUGAGCCGCACCGUGGACAGCAUCACCCUGUCGUGGUCCCAGCCAGACCAGCCCAACGGCGUGAUCCUGGACUACGAGCUGCAGUACUACGAGAAGGAGCUCAGUGAGUACAACGCCACAGCCAUAAAAAGCCCCACCAACACGGUCACCGUGCAGGGCCUCAAAGCCGGCGCCAUCUAUGUCUUCCAGGUGCGGGCACGCACCGUGGCAGGGUACGGGCGCUACAGCGGCAAGAUGUACUUCCAGACCAUGACAGAAGCCGAGUACCAGACGAGCAUCCAGGAGAAGCUGCCCCUCGUCAUCGGCUCCUCGGCCGCCGGCCUGGUCUUCCUCAUCGCUGUGGUGGUCAUCGCCAUCGUGUGCAACAGAAGACGGGGCUUUGAGCGUGCCGACUCGGAGUACACGGACAAGCUGCAGCACUACACCAGCGGCCACAUGACCCCAGGCAUGAAGAUCUACAUCGAUCCUUUCACCUACGAGGACCCCAACGAGGCAGUGCGAGAGUUCGCCAAGGAAAUCGACAUCUCCUGCGUCAAAAUCGAGCAGGUGAUUGGAGCAGGGGAGUUUGGUGAGGUCUGCAGUGGCCACCUGAAGCUGCCAGGCAAGAGGGAGAUCUUCGUGGCCAUCAAGACACUCAAGUCGGGCUACACGGAGAAGCAGCGGCGGGACUUCCUGAGCGAGGCCUCCAUCAUGGGCCAGUUCGACCACCCCAACGUCAUCCACCUGGAGGGCGUGGUCACCAAGAGCACCCCCGUGAUGAUCAUCACUGAGUUCAUGGAGAACGGCUCCCUGGACUCCUUCCUCCGGCAAAACGACGGGCAGUUCACAGUCAUCCAGCUGGUGGGCAUGCUGCGGGGCAUCGCCGCCGGCAUGAAGUACCUGGCGGACAUGAACUACGUGCACCGCGACCUGGCCGCCCGCAACAUCCUGGUCAACAGCAACCUGGUCUGCAAGGUGUCUGACUUCGGGCUCUCACGCUUUCUGGAGGAUGACACCUCAGACCCCACCUACACCAGCGCCUUGGGUGGGAAGAUCCCCAUCCGUUGGACAGCUCCCGAAGCCAUCCAGUACCGCAAGUUCACUUCAGCCAGCGAUGUGUGGAGCUAUGGUAUCGUCAUGUGGGAGGUGAUGUCCUACGGGGAGCGGCCCUACUGGGACAUGACCAACCAGGACGUAAUCAAUGCCAUCGAGCAGGACUACCGGCUACCACCGCCCAUGGACUGUCCGAGCGCCCUGCACCAGCUCAUGCUGGACUGCUGGCAGAAAGACCGCAACCAUAGGCCCAAGUUCGGCCAGAUUGUCAACACGCUGGACAAGAUGAUCCGCAACCCCAACAGCCUCAAAGCCAUGGCGCCCCUCUCCUCUGGCAUCAACCUGCCGCUGCUGGACCGCACGGUGCCCGACUACACCAGCUUCAACACCGUGGACGAGUGGCUGGAGGCCAUCAAGAUGGGGCAGUACAAGGAGAGCUUCGCCAGCGCCGGCUUCACCUCCUUCGACGUCGUGUCUCAGAUGAUGAUGGAGGACAUUCUCCGGGUUGGGGUCACCCUGGCUGGCCACCAGAAAAAAAUCCUGAACAGUAUCCAGGUGAUGCGGGCACAGAUGAACCAGAUUCAGUCUGUGGAGGUCUGACGCUCGCCUGCCUCGGCUCGCCUGCCUCUUCCUCCGGGCCGCCCCCCCCGCCCCACAUGCCGGCCCCCCAGGUGCUCCGUCCACUGCAGGGUCAGCCACCUGCCAGGAGGCCACGGCAACCAGGAAGAACCAAGCAGCUUUCCAGCCGCAGGGACGUCACCAAGAACACGUGCAACUCAAACGACGGAAAGAAAGGGAAAAGGGGGGAAAGCAUCUAGAUCCGGGAGGGGCGGGAAAUACGAGGAAUAUUCUUGAAAGAGGAUUCUCACAGGAAAUGGAUGCUGGUUCUUGGGGGGAAAAAAAAGGGCUUGGGGGAUCCGUGCGAUCCUGUCCAGUCGGAGACCAAAAGCAGGUUCCCUCCAACUCCCUCUGGGAAGGUGACCUGGCCAGAGCCCAGAACCGCUUUCAGGAAACAAGAGUGAAGGGGAGCCGGGGCUGCCUCCUCUCCUGUCCUGGGUGGCGGGGCGACGGACAGACAGGCAGCCGCCCCCGAGCCCCUCUGGGAAAAUCCAUUCCAGCGCCACUCGGCCAACAGAAACAGUUCCUGUCCGUGGAGAGAAGUCUGGAAACUCCAGCGAGAGAGACUGUUUCUGCCGUCGGUUCGCGGGGCUGAGAAGGGGAUUUCGUCCUUCUGUGUCAGGAAAGGCAGGGACACACCCCCGGGCCAGGCUUCCUGAGGACGGCCGCCCCAGGCCAGCCGCCCGGCGCCUGCUCCCGCCAGCCCCGCCUCGAGGACGGAUGCUGCGGUGACUGUCGUCAGCCACACUGCCACUGAGAAGGGUUGAUCUUGCAUCUGGGUUUGUUUACAGCGAAUCGUGGACUCCGGGGUAUUUUGGUCAGGGGUGGUUUUGGUUUGGGGGGGGUGUUGGUUUUUUUGGGGUUUUUUUGUUUUUUUUGGGUUUUUUUUUUUAAUGACAAUGAAGUGACACUUUGACAUUUCCUACCUUUUGAGGACUUGAUCCUUCUCCAGGAAGAAGGUGCUUUCUGCUUACUGACUUAGGCAAUACACCAAGGGCGAGAUUUUAUAUGCACAUUUCUGGAUUUUUUAUAUGGUUUUCAUUGACACGCUUCCCUCCUCCCACCUGCUCAGGCCUCACCAAAGCCACCUGCCACGGGCCAUCUGGGCCCUUCAGAGACGUGAGUGAGAUUGGUCCGGGGGCCCCAAGGCGGAGGAGCAUCCCACCCAGGGUGGCUUUUGAAAGCCGCAGAUUGAGUGGAAGCGGCCUCACCCACUCUCCCUCCGGCCCGCCCUGUCCAGUACUUCCCAGCAAACAGGCUCCUUCAGGGUUCCCGAGCGCCCUCCGGGGCCACAACCCAGUUCACCUCUGGGAGCCUGAGCCAGGCUGAGUCAGAGGCCAGGCCUGGGUCAUUCACUGUGAUACCCUACCCUCCAGGGGUGCCCUCCAAGACGGGCAGACGUGCUUCUCUCCCACCUCCUUCCCUCCACCAGGCCUUCGCCCAGGUCUGAAGGGCUCGGCCAGGGGGAAACCAUCAGCCAGACACCCUCCCGAGAGCAAAUGCAGGCGCCUGGGCCGAACGAUCGGUUAGUGAACUGAAUGGAAAU